AUGGCGUAUUAUCAACAGCAAGUGAACAACCCGCAAAAUAUGCAAUUUUACCAAUCCAAUUACUCAAGCACCUACGGACAAGCAGCUGGAGCAGAUAAUAUGAUGUCAGGAUCAACGCCAUCAAUGGGGGCUAUGGAUUCUGGGUUCGGAGCAAAUAUCGACGUUAGUGGAGUUAUGGGAGCUGGUGAAUUAACACCAGGAUUAGUUGCAGCAUUCGGAACCUCUGGCUACCCUAAUGAGCCUCCCUUAUUGGAGGAAGUCGGAAUCAACUUCCAACAUAUCAAAAUGAAGACAUUGGCUGUGUUGAACCCAAUGAAUAGAAAUAUUACAUCAGACAUAAUGGCAGAUUCUGACUUGGCUGGCCCCAUUCUUUUUGUAUUAUUAUUUGGUACAUUGUUGUUAUUGGCAGGAAAGGUUCAGUUCGGAUAUAUUUAUGGGGUUGGAUUAUUUGGUAUAAUUAGUUUGCACUAUUUAUUCAAAUUAAUGAGUGAUGAUGUUACGAUUGAUUUGAUUAGAUCUGCUUCGGUUAUUGGGUAUUGUUUAUUACCAUUAGUGCUUGUAAGUGUUAUAGGCGUGUUUGUUUCCUUGGAUAAUUUAUUGGGGUAUAUAUUUAGUGCUUUUGCCGUAUUCUGGUGUACUUAUUCGGCUUCUGGUUUCUUUGUUGCUGUUUUAAAAUUGCACAAUGUAAGACCAUUAAUUGCUUAUCCAUUAGCUAUGUUCUACACCGUCUUUGCAUUAAUGGCCAUUUUCGUUGAAAAGACUGAUCUUUAA